GUCCAGAAGGAGAAAAAAGAGUCAGAGUUUCGGAUGGAAGUAUUUUGCGUCUCGAUGGGUAUAUUAAAAACAUGGGAGGUGUAGACCAAGCUAUUGAAUUUUUGGGAUGUGCAUGGCACGGACAUGAAUGGUAAUUAGAUUUAUAUUCCAAAUUAUUUGCUUUUAGUUUAUAUCGCCCACAUGAAGUUUGUUUAAAUGGAAAGACGGCACUAUAUAACAAGGAUAAACUUCAUGAACGUGUUCUCUUAUUGAAAGAAGAGGAAAUUUGGACUACUGCCGUUUGGGAAUGUGAAAUUAUGAAAGAACUUGAAGAGGAUCCAGAAAUGUCUCUGUUUUUUGAUACCUUGCCAGAUAUUGGCCCGCUGUAUCCUAGGGAUGCUUUUCAUGUAUUAUUUAUUCGAAAUAAAUACUUAUUUUAAAUUAAGGGGGGAAGAACGGGACCUUUGGCACUUAAGUGUGACUUAGAAGAAUCGUCAGAAAAUGAAUAUGAAAUAUCAUGUUUUGAUGUUGUUAGUUUAUAUCCUGCCGUGAAUUUUUAUGCCUUUUAUCCGAUAGGGCAUCCAAAAGUUAUGGAACUGAACAAGGACGUAAAUUGGACAAAGCCUGAAGAUUUAUAUCCAUACCGAGGGCUGUUCAAACUUUUUAUUAUUCCUCCUGAUAAUUUAUAUUUGCCUGUUAUUCCAGAACGUAUUCACGGCAAAUUGGUAUAUAUUCGAGAAAAAUUUUUUCAAAUGUUUAUUUAAGAUUUUUCAUCUUUGUCAUCGCUGUGCUGUAGAGAUAUCGCCGGGAAUUGCAAAAAAGCAAAUUCAAGGUUACACUAGAGAAAA